AUGGAGGGGCUAUCCGACGCCGGAUCGCCAAGCGAUGCGCUGAUCGGACUUGAUCAAGUAGACAAUUUCUUCAACGAUGCACCGACCGAACCCCCCCUGCUCGACAACGAGCCUGCCGAUAGAGCCAUGACGCACCUUGAGAGCAGCUAUCCCCCAGAACACCAGACAGUUCAUGGCUACGGCGUACUUGAGCCAGAUGAGCAAACGACUUCGGCUGAGGUACAUGCUAUUGCUGCGCUCGCAGCCACUUUGUCGGACUCAAAGAUUGAUAAACCGGAAGUUGACUUGGAAGAAGUUAUGAUGAAUGACCGUCCGAAUCAAGACCUAGAGGAAGAAAGGGUACCAGAACAAAUGCGCCCAGCCAAGUUUGAAGUCGUUCUACACUCCAUGCCACUUGUGGAAAGUGAAAAGUACAUGUCGAUUCGAAGUGACGUUGUGGAUGAAGUCCUUAACGAAGUGAAUCUGGAUGGAGAACGCGGGUACAAUGUUGAAUUUACCGACGGUCGACGGGAAAUUAUACUACUUGAAGACCUUCUGGAUUGUGAAGGUGGUGAAGCUGCACUCCGGAAACUACAACGCACCAUGGAUAUAGAUAACAGUGGCGACGUUUUCAAGAAGCGUGAGAGGAAGAGGUCCUGGUUGGAGAGCUACGGAAACUCCGAUGCUGGGUCUAACGUGGACCUCAUGGAGCUUGACGAAGAAGAGACUCCAGCUCGCUCCAGCCGUAAGAGAAGCAUGCGUCGCCGUCAAACCCGUCUCACUUCUACCCUUGAUUCCGACGACGAUGACGAUGGCGACACGGAAACUGAUUCUCGUUCCUUGCGGCAGCAACACGGUACCUCCAGGCAAAACGCACGUCAGGAGUAUCCUGGCGUUUUUGAUGACAAUAACGAAAACAGCCUUCGUUCAACAAGGCGCAAGUUCUUCGCGCCUCAUCGACAACUUAGGGAGCGUACACAGAAACAGCUUACACUCACUAGUAUGGCCUUUAGUAACACCAGCCUAACCCGCGAUGAAGAUUUGGAUGAGCUAUCCCAGGAACCUUAUUUGCAGCAAUCUGAUGAAGACGAUGAUAACUUCAUGUUAGUAACGUCAGAUCUUAUCUCCAAACCUUCGCAGUCGAGGCGGAAGAAAUCGACACGGUCCAAGGCUAGGGCUAGGCCUGCAGUGCGAUCCAGAUCACGUGGCUCAUCGAUUGAGUUUGAGGAUCGACGUCGUUCUGGAAGAUCAACCAGAAAUAAGGCCAGUAUGAUUGACGUCGCCCUGAUGGACGAGGACUCCUUCUACGUCGAAGACACAGCACCUGUAGGCACACCCAAAGUCAUCAACAUCAAGGAAGUCUUCAAGCAACUUCCACACGAUUCAACAUUUACUUUAUUCCACUCUGAGAUUUGCGGCACUUGCAAUACUGGACCAAUCGCUGGCAAAGGUUCACUGAUCGGCUGUCAAGGCUGUUCCCUGUCUUUCCACAGAAGUUGUUUAGGAUACAGAUCAGCCAGAGAACACAUAGUCACUAAAGUCGGGGUAGAUGACUUCGUUCUUCAGUGCAAGUACUGCAUCGGCUUCUAUAACAAAAAGGACAAACGUGCCCCAAGACAUCACCGGUGUCAAAAAUGUGAAGAAUCAGGACGCUCAUGCGAGGCAUUUUCGCCCAGAAGGACCCCAAGACAGGAAGAGAAGAUCAGAGUCGAGAACGGUGGUGAAGAUCCAAUCACUCCUGUUGAUUCCUCUCUCAUCAACAAUGCUGACAACGUUCUGUUCCGUUGUGUUACUUGUAAACGUGGCUGGCAUUACGAGCAUCUUCCUUCAUCUCAGAUGGACUCGGACGUAUCAGACAUUCGUGAUCAACGGCUUUCGGAAUAUUCCGUGGAUUGGAAGUGCCACGACUGUGGCACGAUAUCACACAAAAUUCAUACCUUGGUUGCAUGGCGGCCUGCAAACAGGGAAUCCUACACGGAGGGAAUGACCUACACCGACUUUUUUGAAGAUGAGAAAGAAUACCUUAUAAAAUGGCAGGAAUGCUCUUACUUCCAUUGCAGCUGGAUGCCUGGCGCCUGGGUUUAUCACAUCGCAGCAGGAAUCAUGCGCAGCUCAUUCGCCAAGAAGGAUGCGGAUCAAAAUCUAGCCCUGAAAAUGACAAAAGAUGACGCUAUUCCUGAGGAGUACCUUCUCCCAGAUGUUAUCUUCUCUGCCAAGGUGAAAUCUGGACGAGGCCGGACUCUGGAGGAGGACAUGGAACGCAUCGAGAGCGUCGACAAAAUUUACGUCAAAUUCCAAGGUCUUGGCUAUGACGAGGCCGUGUGGGAUAAACCACCGAAACCAGAUGCUGGUGAAAUCUACAACGCAUUCAAGGCCGCGUACUACGAAUACCUAACGGGCAAAUACUUCGGCAGCUCGUCAAACGUCAAAAUGAGGGAGCGGGUGAGCCGAUGGAAAGAAGAAAAAUUUACCGCGUUAAAGGAGCAGCCGCAAGGGAUUCGCCGGGGCAACUUAAUGGCUUACCAACUUGAAGGCGUCAACUGGUUAUUAUAUAACUAUCACGAGGACAAGAAUGUUAUUCUUGCAGACGAGAUGGGACUAGGAAAGACAGUCCAAGUAGUUAGCUUGAUCUCGGCUCUGGUUCACGGUGAGCCAAAGUGCUGGCCCUUUCUGGUCGUCGUUCCGAACUCCACUUGUCCGAACUGGCGUCGUGAAAUAAAGCAGUGGGCACCAGAUCUUCGGGUCGUAACUUACCAUGGCGGAAAGCAACCUCAGGAGCUAGCCUACAACUACGAGCUUUUCCCGAAUGGCUCGUCAGAUAUUAAAGCCCACGUUGUGGUCAUGUCUUACGACUCUGCCCAGGAUGACCGGACAAGGAGUCUCUUCCGCUCGGUUCAGUGGGCUGGGUUGGUAGUUGACGAGGGUCAGCGGUUAAAGAACGACAAGAGCCUGUUGUAUUUGGCUUUGCGGGCAAUGAAAUUCCCCUUUCGACUCCUUCUUACUGGAACACCGUUGCAAAACAACAAACGAGAGCUGUUCAACCUUCUGCAGUUUAUUGAUCCAACUCAAAACGCUGAGAAGUUAGAUGAAGAGUAUCAAGAACUGAAUGCGCAGAAUCUGCCUGAGCUUCACGGUCGGAUCAAGCAGUAUUUCCUCCGAAGAACCAAAGCCCAGGUUCUUAAGUUUUUACCCCCAAUGGCUCAGAUUAUUGUACCGGUCUCCAUGUCGAUUCUGCAGGAGAAGCUAUGCAAAUCGAUUAUGUCGAAAAAUCCUGACCUUAUCAAAGCAAUCUUUGCUGACGAUAAAAUAAACAAGAAGGAGCGUGGGAGUCUGAACAAUAUUCUGAUGCAGCUCAGAAAGUGUCUUUGCCAUCCGUUCAUGUAUAGCGAGGCGAUCGAAGAGAGGACGGCGGAUCAAAUCAAGAUGCAAGAGAACCUAGUAUCCGCAUCCGGAAAACUGAUGUUGCUUAACAUCAUGCUACCCAAGCUCAAGGAGCGUGGCCAUCGCGUCUUAAUCUUCAGUCAGUUCCUGAACCAAUUGGACAUCAUUGAGGAUUUCCUUAAUGGCCUUGGCUUCCAACACAGACGUCUUGAUGGCAAGAUCAAUAGCCAUGAAAAACAAAAGCAUAUUGAUGCUUUCAAUGCCCCGGACUCGCCAAUUUUUGCCUUUCUUCUGUCGACGAGAGCUGGAGGAGUAGGUAUCAAUCUCGCUACAGCAGAUACUGUUAUAAUCCUAGAUCCAGACUUCAACCCCCAUCAGGAUAUUCAAGCCAUAUCCCGCGCACAUCGAAUCGGUCAAAAACACAAAGUUCUCUGCUUCCAGCUCAUGACGAAGAAUUCAGCUGAAGAGAAGAUUAUGCAGAUUGGCCGGAAGAAGAUGGCUCUUGAUCAUGUCCUGAUUGAGGCUAUGGACGAAGAGGGUGAGCCAGACGAUCUAGAGUCAAUCCUCAAGUUUGGAGCUUCUGCAUUGUUCAGCGAAGAUCAAGACAAGAAAGAUAUCAUACGCUAUGAUGAAGCCAGCAUCGAAAAGCUCCUUGAUCGAUCUCAGAUAGAACAGGCAGAGAUGGGACAAGACGAAUCAGCCGAAUCGACGUUCUCGUUUGCCCGCGUGUGGGCUAACGAUAAGGGCGGGUUUGAAGAUAACCUAGCCGAGGAAAACGAGCCGAUUGUGAACCCGAACGUCUGGGAGGAAAUUCUUGCAGAACGCGAAGCUGAAGCAAAGCGAAUUGCAGAGCUAAACAAAGAAGUCCUCGGUCGUGGCGGUCGUCGACGUCAGGCUGUAAACUACAAAACAAACGCUCCUAUGGACCUCGCGGCCGGUCUCCCUGGUGAUCAUAGCGCUAGUUCCGAUAAUGACGAGGACUUUGUUGGUGAGGAUGAGGAGCAAGAUACUGACGCGGAGAACAGCGCUAUAGUGAAGAGAACUAAAGAAGAAGACGCUCUCACGCAAGUCACCCAAGAUCAGCACCGCGACAACCUCCAGAGUUACCAAGGCAAGUCCAAACAAACCAGCCAAGUCAACUCCUCGAAAGCAAAACCCCAAAAGGACGCCCAAGUCUUCGCAAGCCAAGGGGUUCAGCUUAAGUGGCAACUUCAUACCGCAGCAAACUCUAGACCUAACCAGUUCGGAAGAGAAGCCGGACCAGAAAUCUCCUCUGUUCACCCCACCUCUCACUUCUCCUCGACAGGGCUCAAUAAGCGACUCUACUCCUCUGCCAACGCCGGACAAGAUUUCCAAGUAAAGAGAGCUGAUCCUCCAGUAAACUACGAUAUGGCUUGGAAUAAUAAUGAAAGGAAGGACUUGAUGAUGCAACAAGAAAAAAAUACACAAGGGGGUAAUAGUCGCAAACACCAUCAGCCAACCGCAAGUUCAGAACCAUACCAACUACUAUCGACUAUCAAUAUGCCCGAUAGAGCUCGCAGAUCCUCAUCUGGUUUAUCCCUGAUAAAUGCUAAUGCAGCUACCUGUGCUAAAUGCAGCUUUCGACAUCUCUCAACCCAUUGCCCAAAGUUUACCUCUGAGAUUCAGUUGCGACUUGCUCUUGACAGCAUCAAGAACUGGCCAUCUAAUGCAAGAAACACCGGGACAGAACGUGCCUUGAGAGAGAAGCUACACGUUGUAGCCACAAAUAAAAUUCGCCGACAGCCUUGA